AUGACUUUCGUUCCGCGGCGGAGCUUUCUUCCGACGCGGCCUCUCAACGACGCGCUCCCCGUCUCGCAUCCAGAUUCCGAUCAAACGCUACGCCGAAGGCUCUCUUCGAUUUCCUUCAAGAUCCAGCCGAUUUCUUCGCCUGUCACUUCCUGGCCGUUUCGUAGAUCCAAAUCGGUGUCCUCCAUGCGCGAAUACUCCGGCAGUUCGCUGAGGAAGUGGUGGGAUUGGGGAUGGUCCUGGAUCCUCUCUCGCAAGGCUCCCUUCGCCAAAGAUCUGGAGAUUAACGACGAUGAAACCAAAUCUCUUGGAUCUAAUUGCAGAGGUAGUUGGCGGCAUCUUUUCUAUAAGGUUAGGUCUGAGUUCCGGAAGCUUAUGCGAUCCGAUCGCGUCGGUCUUCCUCAAACUUUCAAGUACGAUUCCGUCAAUUACUCGAAGAAUUUCGACGACGGAGUGAAAACCUAG